AGCAAAAGCAACAUCAGCCAUCUGUACUUCUUCGGCCUCAACUCAGCAAAUUCAAGGAGAAUUGGCUUCAAUGGACCAAAACAGAGUGGUGUGACUGGUGUCUGGAGUGGCAGUGGAAGUGGAGACCACCAAUCCCUCAUGGGGGUGAGUCGCACUAGAUUCUCCACAUGAUGGCACCUGCUCGGCCACACCUACUAUUCAAGUUCCACUUCCUCUUCCUUCAGGCUUCAAGUUGGCGAGAGACAGUUAGGUCGGAAUGUCAGCUGCUGAUGGGCAGAUGCUGAAUUUUCAACCCAAUGUCCUCUCUCUCUCUUCUCCCCCUCCACAUGCCUUCCCAUCAUUUUCUUCUUCUUCUUCUUCUUCUUCUUCCCCCUUCCCCACAGAAACAGAGCCAUUCGCCAUGUCUCUGACGCCUUUGAUGUUUCGAUCACUUGUGAGACUGGUGUCGUCUCUGGUGGGUCAGCCUGCUGCCUCCAUCUCCACCUUGCUCUACUACAGCGACUUACUCCCCCAGAACAUCGUCUUGGAAAGACUGGUUCAGCAUGAAUUGCUGGAUCAGGAGAACUAUCUCUUCCAUUUCCUCAUCAACUUCUUGAGGUGUUUCUGGUAGAUAUUUUCUCAAUUCUAACCCAUCUCUCCAGGAUUCAAUUCAGAUACUAGAACCUAGUGAUUAUGAUUUUUCAUAUCUUCUCUCUCUUUUCUUGUUUCAUAAAGAAGCCUCAGCCCCACUCUUCUGCAUAUCUUACUGUUGAUCAUUCAUUGGGCUUUUUUCCCCAUAUCCAAAUGUAUUUUUUGGCUAGCUCAUGGUCAUUAGUGUGUUUGAAUCUUGUAUUAGAAAUUGGACAUGGAAAUUAAAAUGUACUUAUUGAAACCAAAACCCACUAUCUCAUAUCACAAUUUGUUUCAUUUGUUUCCAA